UAAGUACACAAGCUCACCUACAACUACAAACUAUUCAUUCCCUUGUUCUUCUUCACCUUCACUUGAAAGUCCACACUCAUUCUCAAAAUGUCAAUCCCUCUCAACCCUAGAACACUGGCCUUCCAGCUCCUGUUCUUCAUCUCCUACUCAGUUCUUCUAGUAACUUCUAGAACUCUCCCUUCAAUCUCAAUUCCCGAUGAUUCUCACUCCAACUCAAACUCUCAAGUAUUUAUAUGGCCUCUGCCGUCGAAUUUCACCUUCGGCAAUCAAACUCUCUCGAUCAACCCCGAUCUCUCGCUCGCCGUCUCCGGAAACGGCGGAAAUUCCGGUUUUCUAGCCGACGCUUUCGAUAGAUACAGGAGGAUUAUAUUCAAGCACGAGUCAAAGCUGAGGAGGAAUGUGAAUGUGGCGUAUGAUAUUGAGAAGAUUAGCGUUGUUGUUCAUUCUGAUGAUCAGGAGCUGAAGCUCGGUGUGGACGAGAGUUACUCGUUGUUGUUGGGGAAAGGGAAUGGAUAUUCGAUUGUUGGCGAGGUUACGAUUGAGGCAAACACUGUCUAUGGUGCAUUGCGUGGAAUGGAGACAUUCAGCCAAUUGUGUGAUUUCAAUUAUGAGACUAAAACCGUUCAAGUUUACAAAGCGCCUUGGUACAUCUCAGACAAACCUAAGUUUGUAUAUCGCGGACUUAUGCUGGAUACCUCAAGGCACUAUUUGCCAAUCGAUGUCAUCAAGCAUGUCAUCGAAUCCAUGUCAUAUGCUAAACUAAAUGUCUUUCAUUGGCACAUCAUAGACGAGGAGUCUUUUCCUCUAGAAGUACCCACAUAUCCGAAUUUGUGGAAAGGGGCAUACACGAAGUGGGAGCGUUACACUGUUGAGGACGCUAAUGAAAUAGUUAGCUAUGCAAGGGCGAGAGGUAUCAAUGUUAUGGCAGAAAUCGAUGUACCUGGUCAUGCUGAAUCAUGGGGUGCUGGAUAUCCUGAUCUUUGGCCUUCACCUUCUUGUAGAGAACCCCUUGAUGUAUCCAAAAAUUCAACUUUUGAUGUGAUUUCAGGCAUUUUAACAGAUAUGAGAAAAAUCUUUCCAUUUGGUCUCUUCCACCUGGGCGGGGAUGAAGUCAAUACAGAUUGUUGGAACUAUACUCCACAUGUGAAGCAGUGGCUUCAUGAUCACAACAUGACUACUAAAGAUGCAUAUCAAUAUUUUGUGCUCCGAGCUCAAGAAUUAGCAAUAUCAAAAGGUUACACCCCUGUCAACUGGGAAGAGACUUUCAAUACAUUUUCAGAUAAACUCAAUCCUCGAACUGUGGUGCAUAACUGGUUGGGCCCUGGUGUUUGUCCAAAGGCUGUUGCAAAAGGGUUUAAAUGUAUCUACAGCAACCAGGGCGUUUGGUAUCUUGACCACUUGGAUAUUCCUUGGUAUGAAUAUUACAAUGCUGAUCCAGUAGAAGGAAUAACAGAUGCUUCUAAGCAAGAGCUUGUUCUUGGAGGAGAAGUUUGCAUGUGGAGCGAAACAGUAGAUGCCUCGAAUGUCCAGCAAACCAUAUGGCCUAGAGCAGCAGCAGCUGCAGAGCGUUUAUGGAGCAAUCCAGAGUCCACAUCAGUGGGAAAUUCUACAUCGACUGUGUUGUCCAGGUAUCAAUACUUCAGGUGCCUCUUAACUAGACGAGGUGUUCAAGCUGCUCCAGCAACAAAUUUCUAUGCCCGGCGUGCUCCAGCUGGUCCAGGAUCAUGCUACGAGCAAUAGAUCGUUAUUAGCUGUGCUAUAUAAGUAUGUUUGUAGCUGUCUCAAGUUGCAUUGUACAUAAUGUUUAAGUUAAUAUUUGAGGUCCGGCUCAUGGUUGGUGUAUCACUUGAACGUGAUUGCUGCCCUCUGUUGUUAAAUAGUGGAUAUUAAAUCUGAAUUGUCCUUCCGUCAUUGGUGUCAUAUUGUUGUUUGUAAGGUGAAGACCAUUUGUUCAUUACAUCUGCAAAUUUACGUGUUUUCUGAUCA